GGCACCUUCAUAUUCCAGAAGUAGCCCAGGAUCCCCACACACAGCUGCUCCCUCAUGUGGCUCCCACUGCUGCUGCUGGGCCUCCUCCAGCCCAUCCUGGCCUACCAAAUCGACUGGAAGAAGUUGGAAAAAAUCCACCGGGGGAAAGUUGAGUCCUGUGGUGGAUGACAGCUCAACAGGUUUAAAGAGGUGAAGGACUUUAUCACAGAGGACCUCCCUCUUUACCAUAACCUUGAAAUGAAGCAAAUUCACGGAGCAGACCCUGAACUUAUACUGAUUACUUCCCAAAAAAAAGAACUUGAGAGAAUUCCACUCCGAAACAUGAAGAGAGUUGAAAUUAAUCAGCUGCUGAAAGACCUGGGGUUUUAUAGGAAAAGCAGUCCUAAUGCUCCAGUUCCUGCGGAGUUCAAGAUGGCUCCCGCAAGGACAUCUGGAGACAGAAAAGAAGACUUGUAGCAGCAGGAUGGGAAUCAAGAGACUUUAUCACAGAUUAGGCCCCAGGUCUUUCAGACUCAUUAGCAAUUCUACAGUCAUGGGUUUAUUCAUAAUGUACAAGAGCAUAUUUGGAGCAGUGUAAGUGUAUUACAUUAAGGUCUCCAGCCUGCAGGGUGUUUUUAUUGCUGCUGUGAGUACUGUGGUUCAAAACACUCACUACUUUCAAUAAAUCAGUAGGAAGUACCCACAGUUACUGCCUAUGCUGGGGUUACAUACAGCAAUUGAAACACUCUGUUGUUAGGUCAUAGCCCUAAAAAUUCAUAAAAGUGCAGUUUUUCAACGAACUGGCAGAAGUCUUUUAUUUGGUUAAUUGUCAGUCUAAAGCUGCCCAUAAACGUACAGACUUCACCCUUGUAUCGGACGUAUGAACGGACAUCCCAAUCUUCUGACCUGCCACUAACCAUUCAGAUUAAAUAAAGUAGUAAAAGAACAAAUCAGACGAUGUUCUGGCCGAGUGUGACAACAAUCGUAGGAAAGUUAUGUCAGACAAAUUCUAGUGACAGUCACACAUUGAUAUCAUUAGAUCGGCAAUACAUGCAGAGAAAUUAUCUUUGGCCGACAGAAAUCUUUUAACCCGUCUGAUCGACUAAACGACUGAUCGCCAUGGUAUGACAAAUGUCAGAAGGAUCCACACAUGGUCCGAAAAUCGUAAGAAACUUUGAUUCAUACUACUAUAUCUUCUAUAUGCUCUAUAGCCAGCUUUACCGAUUCCUGAAUACACAAGAUGUUCUUAACACAUUUGCAGCACCUCAAAGAAUGUUUGUUCUAAGGACCGCAACGAAUCAUAGCUGCCAUUAAAGUCUCUGGUUACUUCUACAGCCAUACUCCCCCCCCCAAACCUGCCAGUUGGUUGCAUUUCUACCAUGUGCCUUUCCCAGCCCAAUUUGUGAGCACUGCUGACAGGUCUAUCUUCUGACAUGUCUGGGUCUGCUAGGUAUUCCUGAUCCAACUUUCCUUUAGAUCCUUCAGGAAAGAAGACUACUAGAGAUGGCUUUGUCAUCUUCAAACGUGAUGCCCAAUUUUUUUUUUCCUGUCUAUGCUCUUAUACUACAAUUCUCAGAAACUGGAAAUUGUAUUUCACCAACAGGUAGAUUGCCAUAGGUUGGGCACCCUGGGAUGACUGUUACAGCUGCUUCCUGGUUUUUUUUAUGGUUGUUCCUUCUUGUUUCAUCCAAAGGUUGCUCUAGCAUAAAACAGCAAAGUACAUUACAUUUACCCCCUAUGAUUUAUAGUCUAUAAAAUAGCAAAUUCAUUAACAAUAUUUUAAAGAUAUAAAUGUAGAAUGACAUCUUCCAAGCUGUGCUUAUCUGCUUAGUCUCAGGGCAUUAAUGAAGUUCUCAGAUUCAAAGUUUCCAGGCUGAGAACAGAAGCAAAUUGCCCUAUGGACUAGAAAAUGUCAGAUACUUGUGCAAAAGGAGAAUGUUAAAUCAUAAUAAUAAAAAUUUCAAA